AUGGCUAAGCCAACAAGUGCAACUCCAUUUAAAAUUCGUGAGAGUACACGAUUUUAUCCUUACUUUAAGGAUUGCAUUGGAGCUAUGGACGGUAGACAUAUCCCAGCAAUGGUAGAGAAAAGAAAUGCAGCCGUUUAUCGGAAUCGAUAUGGAAUUACAUCUCAAAAUGUGUUAGCGGUUUGCAACUUCGACUUGGAGUUCAUAUACGUGCUCAGUGGAUGGGAAGGGUCUGCUCAUGAUUCGAAAAUACUUAACGACGCAAUGACAAAAAGAAAUGGACUGAAAAUACCGCAAGAAUGCCGUUCAGAUGAGUUUCCGGUCGAGGAAGAGGAAGAGGAAGAUAGCCAUCCAUCAACGCUUGUAAAUGACGAUGAAAUUUUGACACAACAAACUCAAGAACAACAACGUCAAGAAGCUAAUGUAUGGAGAAAGAGUAUAGCGGAUGAUAUUGCACGAGAACUCAUGGUUAGAUAUCUGAUUGGUUUCCCUCAACACUUUCAGGGAAUUGUUACAUUUUACCUUUUUACCGAACAUGCUGAUUUUACUGCUACUCCAACUGUUGAUGUUGCUUCUUGGUGGACACAGUUUAGAGGUCUUGUGAGAGUCCAAUCUCAAAUGGUCUUCUUACAGCCCACUAGAGAUCCAGGGAGGACAAGAAUGGAAACUGCAGUCAUGACAAAAUCGAGGGAAAAGGAAGAAAAUACGCUGCUACCAUCAUCGGCGAUGGUGAUUGAUGGCAGGGAUGAAGAUGACAUGAAGUUAAUGCUCGGAGUAUGGAAGCUGUUGGAUGAUGAAUCCAGGGUAUUGUUGGUGCUGCUUGGGUUUGUAAUGGCAGUGACGUGA